AUGGCCUCCAUGGGGGGUGGUUACCUCGAUCCUGAGCCCCUCAUUCGAACCAUAAGAGAUGGGGGCCUUCUGAACAAGACUCUCCAAAGCAUUUGUCAUGCUGAAGGACAAAGUAAGAAUGGUGUAAAGAGCGAGCUUCAGGCGCGCAUCAUUGAGAGGAUACGCCAAUACGCCGCGGCCAACGACGUCGCCAGGUUUGAGAACCUCAAAAACACCAUCUACAACCCUACGACUGUUUCGGCGAACGGCUCACCCUACCGUGGUAUGGCAGCGAGCUCAUCCUCUCCAGCACGUGGCACCCCAACCAUAGCCACUCCCGCUACGUAUUUCAACACCCCGGGUAGCCAUACCAACGGAUACAAUAUGGGGGGAGGUGCGAAUUUGUAUCGAGGUCAUGGACAUCAGAAGGAGCUGCGAUUUAAGCCCAGUCCAUUUUUCAGGUUCGAGCAACAGCUAGGUGCCACCACAGCAUGUGAUACAAUGCAACAUCAUCGGCAUACUGUCAAGAUAACCCUUAAAGUUCAGGACUAUCCAGUUCUAUCCAAAGUGCUUAAGGACCCAGCAUUGCGAGUGAUGGUAUUCUGUGCUAGUGAAGAAAAGGGUCUCCAAGAUACUGCCUUUCCGCAUCAGUCGGAAAUCAAAGUCAACGGAGGGGAGGUCAAGGCCAAUUUACGUGGCUUGAAGAACAAACCAGGCUCAACGAGGCCUGUGGACAUCACGAAAGAGCUUCGGCUUAAUCUUCCUGCGUACGGCAAUAGCGUUGAGAUGACAUACGCUCUAACAUCUAAGGCAGGUGGCGGUUCACGAAAAUUUUACCUCGCCAUCCACGUGGUUAGAAUUAUACCCGUUCCAGACCUCGUAGAAUCUCUGAAGAAUGGCAAGAAGAUAAAGGAAGAGGCAGUAUUAGAUGAUAUGAGGAGCAAGGCGAACGAUGCCGAUAUAGUGACAACCGCCUCGGUGCUUUCGCUCAAAUGCCCUUUAUCAACACUGAGGAUUGAUCUGCCAUGCCGAUCAAUAGCCUGCCGGCACAACCAGUGUUUCGAUGCAACAUCGUACCUGCAGCUACAGGAGCAAGGUCCCACUUGGCUAUGCCCGAUCUGCAACAAUUCAGCCCCAUUCGACAGUUUAGCCGUUGAUGAAUAUGUCCGCACCAUCUUAAAGAAUACCUCGAAGUCAGUAGAUCAAGUUACUAUUCAACCAGAUGGCAAGUGGGAACUACACUCCAGAAAGGAGCCUCUAUCACAUUCGAACGGGGUUGCGAGUGAUGACGAUGACGAUCUUGUUGAGGUCACAAAAACUGGUGAUAGCGUUAGCAUGGGCACACCUCUGACAUACAGACCACUAACCGGAGCACUGCCUCAACGAUCGGGGUCGAGCAGAGAUUCCAGCUCAGCCAGUGCAAAGCGUCCAAUUGCAGCGGUAAUUGACCUAACAUCAAGCGGCGACGAGGAUGAAGAGCCUGUGGCACGAACACCCAAGCGCCAACAAACAAGUGGCAAUGGUUAUGGCGCCCCAUCAACAAUCCCUGCAUUUAGACCCGCGCCCGCGCCCUCGAAUCCAAACAGCUAUGCGCAGCCGCGCAGCUGA